CUGGAGUAAACCACCAGCAGAGUGUGCGUGUGUGUGUGUAUGUGUGUGUGUGUGCCACAGGAUCAAAUAUUACCUACGAAACUGUUCGUUUUUCAAGUCAAAAUGCAUCCAGUCAAAGUGUCGAUUCCGUCGUUUCGUUCAGAAAACAGCUCGAUGGAGAAAGGGUACACGGUCUUCAAAAUUGACGUGCUGAUGAACGGCAGACAGCACACUGUUGAGAAACGCUACAGUGAAUUCCAUGCAUUGCAUAAAAUGCUAAAGAAGAGCAUAAAGCCACCAGAGAUCCCUUCGAAACACGUCAGAAACUGGGUUCCCAAAGUCCUGGAGCAGAGGAGGCAGGGUCUGGAGCUCUACCUGCAGACUAUAAUUAUGGAAAAUGGGGUUCUGCCAAAGAUAUUCCUGGAUUUCCUGAAUAUCCGCCAUUUUCCUUCGGUGCCAAAAACAGAAAGCUGUGGGUCGUUCGAUACGGAAUCAGAGGAAUCGAGUAAGCUUUCACACCAGCCGGUCUUGCUGUUCCUGAGAGACCCGUACCUGCUGCCAUCUGCACACGACACAUUUUCAAAUGUUGUGAUUGAAGGUGUGAUACAUGGAGUUUUCUACCCAGAUCUUCAACCAAGGUAGAGCUGCAGAGCCGAAGCUGAGGGCAUGUUGCUACAGACACAUGCUCCAUAUUUUUGCACCAUUUUAGGUGUGCAUCAAGAAGAACAUCACAUGUAACACUGAGCCUCAUUUACAUUUCCAAAGCAUAAAACAAAACAAAAAAACUGAAUAAAAAAAAGGGAUGCCUAAUCUCUCAAUAAAUCACUGGCACUACAUUUUCAAAUGCAUCCAUUAACCUUAUACCAAGUAACAUCUGCACCAGUUGUUCUUAAAAUAUACACUAUUCACCUAUAUUUCAGUGGAAUUUAAGCCUGUAAAUCCUACUUGUCUGCAUUACAUUGUUACAACAUGUGAAACAGUUUGGCAGGCGAACAUAGAUUUUUCAAGGCAUUAGAGUGGGAGUGGGAUUAUUUUUGGAAUUUAUAGAUCUUAAUACAUAAUAAUACAUUUGCUGAUAUUUUCCUUCUUUCUUAUAAAAAAAUAAUGAGUGAAAUUAACAUACAGGAUCGACUGGAAAUAGAAAUAAGAGGCGUGUGAACGCAGGGGAGACCUGAAGUGUGUUUUGAGAGUUUUUCGAAGUUUGUGAAUCUCACUCCAUCUCCGGGGAACCAGAGAGGAAAUGCUGGUGACAGCCGGGCCGAAGGCUUGUUCCCAGACACAGAGGAGGCCUGUAAGGACAAAGCACAGGGCUGUAGUCUGGAGCUGGAUCGUGGCCUGCAAACAGGGCGGUGCCACUCCCUUUGUAGCACCAGUGCUCUGGUUUUUGAAUUUGUUCCGGGCCGCCACGCCGAACCAUCUGAGAGUGAGCAGUGGGACAGCCUGGAACACUUUCAGGGCUGGGUGCUGGUGGAGUUGACAGCUAUGUGCCACAUGUUAGGGUGGACGUGAUUUGAGCUUCAUAAGUAGGCGGCAGUGUGAUGACGUUUGUGAAAGAGCGCUGCAGUGUUUACAGUGGUGAUAGCGAGCUCCGUCUGGAGCUACGGGAAGAGCAGCUCAGUUUGGUCUGGUGAUGAGCUUGAAGUUUUGGCCACAAAGCUAGUUCGAAGUGUAACCACGACAGAUGUGGCACAACCUAUUUGUGAGCAAAGACUCAGACUCACAAUACAUCGUUCAGUGCAGCAAAGCCACAUUCUUCUUCCUCAAAUCAGGCGCCUACAUUGCCCACAAUGCAAUUUGACCAUUGACAGUUUGGGCGUAGAUUCGGGUGUGUAGCCUAAAGCAGAGAUAAAGAGCAGGCUAUGACGGGCUGAUAAACUCACUUCUCUCUAACGCCACGCCAAGCAGAUUUUUUCAGAUUCAACAAACACUGACUCAAGUGACAUCAUUAAGGAAGUUUAUCAGAUUUCUCACAGCUCCCUCCUGAGCCACACAUAGCUUUGUACAACUUGACUUGCACAUGCAGAAAAUAUCUUCAAGACCAGUGAACAGACUUUGAUAUAUAAAAUCGGUGGAGUUUUCUUUUAAGAGAGGAUUACAGCGAACUCGAGGACACUGUUUCAUUUCUUAUUUAUGCCACCUUGCUUCCUUCACUAGCCUCCCCCUCCCUGUCAAGGGCUUCCCAUGUCUAACGUAAAAUGCAAUGAUGAGUCAUGAGGACUGAUGGCGCAGCAGGAAAAUUGAACACAGGAUUUAAACUGUUGCUGUCUCGCCUUCCCACCUUUGAAAAUACUGUAGCUCCAGAUUGUGCAAUAUGUUAAUUCAAGAAAAAAAAGAUUUCUAUGAUCAUAAUUAAAUCAAAGCAGAAAUCCUUCUUAUUACUGACUAGACCUGACACAAGCCUGAUCCUGCAUUGUCCCAAGAAAACUGCCUUCAGACACACAUGCUCGGUUGUCGUAGGUGCAAGUAGAUUUUAACAUCAGGGUUUUAGUUUGUGCACGAAAACAACAAUCAUGUUUGAUUUGUGUACACGAGUAGGAAGAAAGGCGUCUGGUAAGACUUGCUAAGGGCCAGUAUUCGACACCAGUACCAGUCGUGUUACACUUAAUGUUGAAAUCACACAUAACACAGAAGGGCCAGUUUUUCCACUUGCUGUGAUUAGACACAUAGUCACCCAUCAGGUAAAGGGAUGCAAUGUGUUUUGCUUUGCAGAGCACUUGCAAAAUGAGAGAUGGUGAUUUUUAAGACUUUCAACCAGUAAAACACUGUGCAAUAUGAAGUAAAAUACAGAUUGUCUUGAUAUUGUUCCAUGCGUACGAGUGCCUGUGAACGUACAACCCAUGUCCUGUUGUGAACAGUCAAAAUGACGUGUAGCUUUUGUGGAACAUUAUGUUGCAUCUCACUUCUCGGGCUUAAUUUGACGACACAACACUUCUUACAGGACUGGACCUCCACUACAGCAGUGACAGCUAUUUAUUUAUACUGAAUGAAAUGAGCAAUUAACUUCAACGAAACUGAUCAUGAGUUUAUGUUUUCGCAAAGUGAAUCAUUUCAUAGAGCUCCAUCUUGUAGAUUUGUAUGUAUUUAUACUGUGUAACAUUGUACUGUUUGAGCUCGAUGUGAAAAGUGUCUUUUAUGUGCCAUAAUGUCAACCUGCAGUGAACACUGGAAUUCUACGGUAGCACUUUAAGAUGGGCGAUAUGUAAAAUACUGACACCAAUAAAAUUCAUUAUUUCCACAAAACCUUGUCAGACUGAAAGUUCAAGUUGAUUUUUAAUAAAAAAAAAAAACAUAAAAUUUAUAGGUAUCAUUAGCUCUUUAUUAGAAAAGUAACUAGAAAAGGCUGUCGAUUGACAAGCUGACAACUGCUUCAUAUUUCUGUCAGUGUUUCUCACAUUGCAGGAUUAG